AUCGUAUUGGCACCAGCGGGUCUCGCAGAAAACAUCGCCCUGCUCGCCUACCUCACGGCCCUCAUUAACACGGUUUAUACGCAAGAAGAAGGUGAAUUUUGGCAAGAGGGGCAAUUUGCGCGAUGCACCCUAGAGGAAGUAGGCAGAUACAUCGUGGCUGGCGAGCUUGCAAUUGCCUGGCGACACGGCUCCGCACAGACGGACACGAAAGACUUGAUGGGCUGUGUGCGCGUACAGAUGAUCGACAGCCGGACUGGCGAGUUUGGGGUCUUGAUGUGCGAUCCUGCCUCUCGCGGCUUGGGUCUCGGCCGCGACCUACUCAAGUUUGCAGAGACCUGGGCCAGGAAGCAAGGUGCCGAGGUGAUGCAGUUGGAGUUGUUGAUCCCGGACGGCUGGCAUCAUGCUUCCAAGGCGAGGUUGGCCAUCUGGUACGAGAGAGCUGGGUUCGGGCUCAUCCGCGUGGGAGAUGUGGUCGACGAGUUCCCCCAUCUAACCCCUAUUCUCGUGCGGCCUGCCAAAGUUUGUGUCUAUCACAAGGCCUUG